UUUCAAUCUGCUGUAUUGUAAUGUGAUGAAAUAUUAUUCUAUGGAAAACGAGUGACAAUACAUAACAUAACAACUGAUGUAAGUAAUUACAAAGUAGUAUGUAUGCGGAAUUUUACAGUUGUAAAGAACAAGUACAGUUAAUUUUUUUGGAAUCUAAAACCCAUUUUUUGGAAUUAGUUUCCAAUAACAAGACCGAUUUCUAGCCUUCAGUUACAACAUAUAGCAUUACCAAAAUGUUUCUAGGAUUAGAUCUUUCGACCCAGCAAUUGAAAGGUGUAACUGUUAACGAAAAGCUAGACAUUGUCCAAGAAGUAGUUGUGGACUUUGAGAAAGAUUUCCCGUCUUAUAAAACCACAAAGGGUGUUUACAAAGAUGGUCAUGAGGUGGUAGCCCCAGUUCCUAUGUGGUUGGACGCCCUUGACUUGUUAUGUGUCAGACUUACCAAGGUAAUGGACGUGAGUAAGAUUCAGGGCAUUUGCGGAGCAGGUCAACAGCAUGCAGGUGUUUUCUGGUUACAGGGAGCUGAACAAGCUCUUGGUUCAUUAGAAACGAGCUCUACAUUGCAGAGUCAACUCGAAAAAUACCUUUACCCGAGGUCACCCAACUGGCAGGACGCUACCACUUCUCGUGAAUGUCGAGAAAUGGAAGCUGUCGUCGGUGGUGCUGGUAUCCUUGCUGAUAUUACAGGAUCCAGAGCUCAUCUAAGAUUCACGGGUCCUCAGAUCAAGCGCUUUCGUCGCUUACACCCAGAUAUCUACGAGAAGACUGAGCGCAUUGGACUCGCUUCGAGUUUUCUCAUGUCUGUUCUUUUACAGCGCGAGGCUCCUUUGGAGAUCAGUGAUGUUUGCGGUAUGAAUUUAUGGGAUAUUCGAAACGAACGAUUUGAACCCCGUCUUUUGGAUGAUGUUGCUGGUCCUUUUAAAGGGUCAGAUUUAGCUCAAAAAUUAGGACCCGUUGAGAUGAAUGGUGCAAAGCAUUUAGGCGGUAUUGGAAGUUACUUUACCAAGAAAUACGGCUUUUCACCUCAAUGCCAAAUCCUUCCAAUCACUGGUGAUAAUCCUGCUACUCUACUUUCUUUGCCAUUGCGUCCAGGAAAAGAUGUUCUUUUGUCGCUUGGUACAAGUACCACCGCUCUGAUGGCAACUUCUAACUACGUUUGCUCCCCAGAUUAUCAUAUGUUCGGCCAUCCUACAGUAACAAAUGAUUAUAUGGUCAUGCUUUGCUACAAAAAUGGCAGUUUGGCAAGAGAAAAUAUUCGCAAUAGCAUCAAUGAAAAAUAUCAAGUUCCCGAUAAGAAUUCUUGGGAUUUGUUCAACAAAUUUACCCUGACAGAAAGACCCAAAACAGGUACUCUCCCAGACCAAAAAGUUGGUCUAUACUAUCCUCUACGCGAAAUCAUUCCUGCUGUCGGUCCCGGUGUAUGGCGCUACAAUAUCCGCAAUAGCAAGUUGGAACCAAUAACAGAAACAUCGGAAUCAUGGACAAUCCCUGAUGAUGAUGCUCGUGCUAUCGUCGAAAGCCAAUUUUUGGACAUUCGUGACAGAAUUACACCUUUGCUUACCGAUGUGUCCCGUCCACAAAGAGUAUAUGUUGUUGGUGGUGCUAGUCGAAAUGAAGCCAUCGUUCAAAUGAUCAGUGAAAUAUUAGGAUGUGAUGUUUAUCGACUUAAGCAAGGAGCAAGUAAUGCUUGCGCCAUCGGUGGUGCUGUCAAGGCCGCUUACGCAAUGAACGCACAGAAACUUAGCUUUGACGACUUCGUUUUAAAAUCAUGGGAUGAAGAGAAGAAGGUUGAAUUAGUAAAAAGUAAACCCGAAAAAUCAGUUUACGAUACUUUUGGAAAGUUAAUGCCCUAUCUAGAACAGGCACAAGAAAUUGCUAUUCAUCAAACAGCUGAAUAGAAUUUCAGCCUACGUAUUAAUGAAGAACAUCAAAAUUUAUGAAACUGUUUUAAAAUGGUGAAGUUUGGCGUUAGUGCGAGUUGUUAUGAUGAAGACAUGCGUUUGUUUUGAGACGUGAUGUCGUAGCACGCUUGAGAAAUCUCAAUAGUCAAUAAUACGAUAACCAAUAAGAAAUAU